AUGUCAUCGCGUCGCUCAAUCUACUUCAACCCCGCAGCCGCGCAGGAGCGCAUUGUCUCCCCGCCCAUCGAAGGCCUCACCCAAUUCCACCGAUCAUUCCCCAAUUAUGCACCAACACCCCUCAUCAAUCUACCUGAGCUAGCCAAAGAACUAGGCGUCCGCAACAUCCUCGUCAAAGAUGAGAGUAACCGAUUCGGCCUGCCUUCUUUCAAAGUCCUAGGUGCCUCGUGGGGAUGUUUCCGGGCCGUCGCAGCUCAACUCGGUUUGCCAGCGACUGUGUCGCUGGAGGAGUUAUCGCGUCAAGCCCAAAAUGCCUCGAUCGUCUUGACCACUGCAUCGAUGGGUAAUCAUGGGCGAGCGGUCGCGUUCAUGGCACGAUUGCUCGGCAUUGAGGCCCGUGUCUUUGUUCCCCGGUCUUUGAAUGAGGGCACUCGCGGCUUGAUUGCUGGUGAGGGCGCGAGAAUAGUUGUCGUGCAGGGUGAUUACGAUCAGGCUGUGCAGGCUGCUUUGGAAGAAAGUCGGGUGCAGAAUGUGCUUCUUAUUCAGGAUACUGCUUUUGAAGGAUAUGAGCAUGUGCCUGCGUGGAUUGUGGAUGGGUAUUCCUCUAUGAUGAACGAGAUUCAGGAGGAGCUUGCCCAUCUGGGACUUGCGAGCAGUGUGAUGAUCACUCCUGUCGGUGUGGGCAGUCUUGCCCAUGCGGUUGCCAAGCAUUGCAAAUCGCAGAGCACGCCCAUUUCCGUUGUCGCUGUUGAACCUGAUACCGCGGCUUGCCUAUCAUCUAGUCUCAAGGCUGGAAAGUCUGUUACUGUCCAAGGCUCUGAGACAAUCAUGGAUGGAAUGGAUUGUGGCACUGUAUCUUCUUCCGCUUGGCCUGAUCUCCAGCGGUCAGUCGACGCCUGCGUCACGGUUUCAUCCUACGAAAGCCACUGUGCAGUCAAAUAUCUCCAAGCCAAUGCUGUCAAUGCCGGACCAUGCGGUGGUGCAUCCCUAGCGGCUCUGCGACACCUGGCUACUUCCGAAAACUCCACUUUGAAUGCGGACUCUGUUGUGGUACUGCUUAGUACUGAAGGGGCCCGUGAAUACACCACACCCAGGGAUGUCUCCGUUGACGAUGCGGUCGGCUUGACGCAAGCUCUGACGCAAAUCAACUCCUCCAACCCGACACUGUCUGUCACAGAUGGAGUUGGCGAGAAUGAGAUCGCCAACUACCUUGCUGCGUGGUUUGCCCAUCGAGACAUCGAGUAUCAAUGGAUUGAGAAAGUCGCAGGACGGCCAUCUCUUGUUGGAGUGCUGCGCGGCAGUGGAGGUGGAAAGUCUCUCAUGUUCAACGGCCACACGGACACUGUCAGUCUAAGCACUUACGAGUCCGACCCACUGUCCGGGUCCAUUGGACACAAAGAUGGCAAAGAAGUCAUCUUUGGUCGAGGCUGCCUGGACAUGAAGGGUGGUUUGGCGGCCGGAUUGGCAGCUCUGGCGGCAACAAAGGCCACAGGACGCGUUCCCCGAGGCGACGUGAUCGUGGCAGCUGUUUCAGACGAGGAAGACAAAUCCCAAGGAUCGCAGGACGUCAUCGAAGCCGGCUGGCGUGCUGAUGGUGCAGUUUUCCCUGAACCCACUCAGGGCACCAUCAUGACUGCUCACAAAGGGUUUGUUUGGAUUGAUAUCGAUAUCCUGGGAGUAGCUGCUCAUGGAUCUGACCCUUCAUCUGGCCAAGACGCCAUCCUCUAUGCUGGGUAUUUCCUGCAAGCUCUGGAAGAGUACCAAUCCCGCUUACCUGUUGAUGAUCUCUUGGGUCAGGGGUCGUUGCACUGCGGUCUCAUUCGCGGUGGUGAAGAGCCUUCCUCUUACCCCAGUAGCUGCACCAUCACCGUUGAAUUCCGCACUGUCCCUGUCCAGACCCAAGAGACUCUGCUGGCUGAUAUGAAAGCCCUGCUGGAAGGCAUUGCGCAAAGAAAGCCACAGUUCAAAUACGCGGAGCCUCACAUUACCAUGGUGCGCCCUACGCAAAAGGUCUCGGCUGAUCAUCCGUUCGUGCAAAGUGCGGUUUCGUCGUCAGAGGCAGUCUUGGGCAAUGCACCCACUGUGACGACUGGUCCUUUCUGGACUGAUGCGUCAUUAUUCGGUGCUGUUGGUGUCCCUUCGAUCGUGUGGGGACCUGCGGGAGAUGGACUACAUGGAAAGGAGGAAUGGGUUGAAGUGGAAAGUCUGCGACAGUUUGAGAAAGUGUUUACUCAACUUGUGCGUGAUUUUUGUUAUUAG